AUGUCCGAGUUAACACCUCGCAAGCGUUCGCGUUUAGCCUGCAAUUUAUGUCAGUCACGCAAGCGCAAAUGCUCAGGCGGGCAGCCUUGUAGCACCUGCGCCCAAACUGGUGCAGAAUGUCAAUACAGUGCGCGUAAGAAACGCGCCAGAUCCCAUAGUCUGUAUCAAGCGAAUCUGCCGCUUGAUGAGCGACCGACAAAUGGCAGGUCCAAUACAACCCUAAAUACCAUUAGCGGCGCAGCAAGCCCUCCGGUACAUGCGCCUGCUCGCCAUACGGGCAGUUCAGAAGGCGUUACCGAUUCCCUACAGGCCAAUUCUGGCGCCGCGUUUGUUCGCAAACUCGGGCUGAAAAUUGACCCGGCACAUGCACCAAGAUUGCAAUUGUUUGCCUGGAAUGUCGGCGAGAGACGGAUGUCGCCAACAGUAUCUUCAGAGCUUCCCUCGAUGCCUGUCACGGCGCCGGCGCCGACAACCAUCAUCAAAAUCAUCUCACAGGAAGAGAUGAGACGGCUAGCAGCGAUUUACUUCGAGAAGGUCGAUUCAUGCUAUACAUUUCUGGACCGUAAAAUGGUAUUUACUCGAAUCGCAAAGCGCUGGGAUUCCUCGUCAUCUCCCAUUGAUUCCGCGGAACACCCCUAUGAUGCUGUACUAUGCGGCGUCGCUGCCUUUGGGUAUCUAUUUUCGCGGCGCGAGAUCAUAGCAAUGGAACUUCGACUCAUUGAUACUGCGCGCAUUCUACUAGACAAGAGUAUACUCGCAGCGGAGACACCCUCGGUCGACAUAGUGACAGGCUGGGUGUUGCGUGCUGCGUAUCUACGCAUGACAGCCUCACCACAUGCUGCAUGGAUGGCCAGUUGUACACUGAUGCAUCUCAUUGAGGCUGCAGGAUUGCACCUUGAAAUAUCAGACCCAGAAGCAGCAGGCCUGCUUCAAGCAUCACCACCGGAGACGCACAGUAGCCAAGAUGACGAUAUAGGAAGCCAGGGCACCAGCGACCCCGAAACCCGACGAAGGCUCUUUGGCAUGGCCCGUCACCUUAACACAUGGAUUUCCUUCGACCUCGGGCGCUCCCGUGUUGUCCUUCACGGCGCCACGGCUCUCUCUCCUACAACCGCAUCCCGUAACCCAUCGCAGCAAGCACCACCCCGAGGCCCACGCGCAGAUCUCUUCCACCUUCUCCCACUCUCUGAAAACCUUGACCCAACAGGGCCAUCACCACAAGAUCUCCCAGAACUCGAAACAGCCCUUACCUCCGUCCUGGACCUCCUCUACUCCGAACCCUCCCUAAUCUUAGUCCAAUGCAAUCUAAUGCUAUGCAUUUACCGUCGUCUCCGCGCUCUAAAUUCACACGGCCCACUAUCCCCCAAUCUCCUUGAUCGCGUCCUUGCACUGGCAGGCCGCGGCCUCCGUGCUGCACGAGGAAUGGUCGCCUCCUCCUGCCCCUGGCACCAAGUUGCCAAUGUCCCAUUUCAGGUCGUCUGCUCGCUUCUAGCGAUUGACAGUCGGGCUGCGUUGGGGCUGCUCGCGGAUGCGAUGCGGACUCUGCGUGAAGUUCUCGCUGCGUAUGAUACACCUUCGAUGCGUGAGGCCUAUUCUACAGCAUACCUACUUAUUGCGUUGCAUCAGCGGAGAAAGGAGGACGAUACCCGUGCUCUUGCCGAGGUGUUGCGAGUUAACGCUGCUGCUGCUGCACCGGUGGAUGAUCAGAAAGAUACGGAGAUUGCAAGAACCACGUUAGAUGACCAUAACCAAAGGCAGGAACAGACCGCAUCAGACACUCUGGUAUCUGAUGCAGAGUUCUCGUGGCUGGGAGAUUUGAUGAUUGAUAUGCCUAGUCUGCAGAACUUUGAUCUGGAUCAAUUUUUAAUGACGGAUGUUCCAUGGCCUUUACCUGAGAUGGGAAUUUGA